AUGACAGAAACAGAAUUACAACAAACACUCGAAAAUAUAGUUGAAACAAACUUGUUGCUGAAGCUAGAAAACGAUAUCUUCGAACGAUAUCUCGCACGUCGAGAUCCUGAAAAUCUUCAAACAAUAGCGCAAAUCUUAGAAACCGCUAAACGCGUGCAAAAAAUCGCGCCUCAGCACGGUCGCACGUCGCCCGUUGCGAGCACACGGAAGUCUCAUGAAUGUUCGCGACGUAGACGCGGAAAGUGUCGUCAGCAUCCAAUCCGGAAGUCGGCGCGUCACGCAAAGUCUCCUAACAACCAGAGCGCCAAAAGGAGCGGGAAAGUCAGUCCCCCGUCGUAUUGCUAUACGUCUUUGAUUAGCUACAAUAUUUCGCUUCAAUUGUGUAGAAUUACGUAUGCGUAUCGCAUCGAGAUGGUGAACACCGAAAUCCGGGAAUUGCAAAAAGAAUUGGCGAAACUCGAACGAACGUCGACGAAGAGAAAAGUAUACAUGCGAGCGCAAAUGGAAGAAGCCGAGAUGAGUAUUCGCGAAACUUGUAAAACUAAGAAGGAAUUUGAAGAGAAUGUUGUAAAAAAAGGCGUAGAUAGCAUUACGGGAAAAAUACCGGCUGAGAAGUUUAUCAGAUUUAUAGAAGAAUGGCUGAAAAUAAUCGAUGCUGCGAUGGAACAAAUCAGAUUGAGGAUGACUACCACAAGAUCUCAGAUAAGGAAGGUCAAGCUGCAGUUGCAGCACAGAAAGGAGCUCGGCGAGGCUUUACGCGCUGUAGAUUUCGAACAAUUGAACAUAGAGAAUCAAGUUUGCAUACGAGAAAUCGAUGAAAAGAAUCGGUAUUUGCUCGAAAUGAAAAGGAUCGUGGCUGGUUACAACAUUGCGUUGACAAAGCACAAGGAAAAAGUGGGUAACCUGAUGUCUAUCAUAAAUGAAGUGAGAAACAAGAUUGCUUCUAAAAAACAGGAAAUCGUGAAAUUGCAAUUGGAAAAAGUAGCUAUGAAGGUUGAAAUAAAAAAAGCGGAAGAACAGCUCAAGUCCGUGAUGGCAUUAAUGGAUGAUUUCGAGGUUCCGGAUGUCAUAGAUUUCAUUAAAAAGCGUAUAGAAUUUCAAGAAUUACGCAGAAUCCACAAACAAUUAAGUAGACAAAGGAACAUUCAACAAAUAAGUCUCAAAUCUAAUAAAUAA